AUGCAGACCGGGUGCAAAAGAAGAGUUGGGAUUUUAAUUCUCCCUGGUACUGAAUAUUCAGCUUCUUCUUCGGAUCUGGUCAAUUUGAUUCUAAGUGCUUUCAUGGAGGAAGGGCUUAAAGAAGAUUUAGCAGGACGACUAGGAAGAAGAGCAGCUGAACCGAAAAGUAAGGAAAGAGGCCAACAGGAAACUCCUAGUAGAGCUACAAUCUUGCAAGAUAGUGAAGCAGAGGUAGCAGGAAAGGAUGAUGAAGGAGAUCUUGUUCCAUUGGUACACGAUUGUGCACGCAGAUUCUCUCCGUCUGAGCUUUCAAAGAUAUACCGAUCGUAG